AUGUCUGCAACGUUUUUCACACUCAGCAAUGGUGCAAAACGCCGCAAGACCUCUCAUAACAGCACCUCACAGAUCUGUGUCCAAGCCGGGUCAGCAACUGAAGCAGGGCCGACACCCACCCUCCCAAACCCGUUGAGCGAUGCAAGAACACCGGGCUGGGAUUCUGAUGUGGCGGCUUGCAUGGCCGAACAUACCACGGAGAUGGAGGAAAAUAUUCUCAUCAACAUUGAACUUAGCGAUGCAGAUGCCUUAAUGGAGCGCGCUGAUGAAUACAUCGCCGCAAAUCUUGACGACUUUCCCGAAGAAGAUGCCAACGAUUCGCUUGCUCAAUUUGCGACCAAGAUGGCCCGGAACAGCAUCACCGAUUCGACGCGCUCUUCCCAUGUCCGCAUCAUCAAGGCAUUUAUUAUCUUCCAUUUGCGUCGCAAUCGAAACUGGGACCCGCGACAAAUCAAUGAAGAUACCCCGCGUGAUGUUACCCUGUAUAUCGCCCAAAAGUGCGGCCCGAUGACGGAAGGGUAUGAGGGUCGAAAGUUCUCGACGGCCGUUUCAACACGCGCAGCCCUCACGCUCUGGUAUCGAAGCCUUCGGCCCCAUGAAAGCUUAAACGAAUGGCGCCUCGAUGAAGGCUCAAAUACUUGGCGUGGUCUUCCAACACGAUCCCCAUUCGUGUCGCGGUUCAUGCUUGGUCUUGAGAAGACGAAAGCCAAGGCCGGGGAGAUCUCACACUCAGCUCGAGCUAUGCGUCUCGAAGACAUGCAUCGAUUAUAUGAGCAAUGUAUCAAGAAGCCGUCCGACACCCUGAAAGCGGCCAAGAGUGCGCGGGACCGUGCUGGGGCAAUGCAAGAGCAGCGUGCCGGUGUCGUACGCUAUGCCGCCUAUCUCAUCGCAUGGCUGAUGCUACUUCGGGUAGACGAGGUUGUAAAUCUUGAGUUCGAGAAUAUUGAACAUAUCCCCGCUGAACGGAAGUACUUCGAUGUCAAGCCCAAGACGCGCAAAACAGCACAAACAGGCGUUGGCCAUGGCUGGCGCCUCCAUGCCAAUGACAGCGACCCUCGAAUCUGUCCAAUGCGGGCAUUAAUCCGGCUGGCGAUGGUCUACAAGUCAUCGGGCAUCCAAUGGAGUGGGCCAAUGUUUUUACAGGUUGCUGCAUCUGGUGCAAUACAGCAAGAUCGUCCAUUGACCUCAAGUGUCUUGAGCCGUGCGCUUAGUCGGGAUCUGCAAAAUCUUGGAUACAGCACUUGGGCGCUGUACGGUACACAUUCAUUUCGACGAGGCGGAUGUCAGUACCGUGUUGAGGUUCAGAAGUGGCCAAUUGCACGCGUUGCGACAUGGGGAGGAUGGUCAUUGCUGGAGGCAACAACAAUGUUUCGUUACUUCUAUUCACCAGACGAUAACCACGAGCUUAUGUACGAUUACGAUAGAAACUACUAA